AUGAGCCGCAACUUAAGAGCUGGCGUCAUUUCUCCGCACCGCUGCAGCGUGUUCGACCAUUCGCGUUGGGAGCUGUCUUCCGAUUUUGGGAUUCAUCGCCGAGGCGGUCCUGCAACGGUUAGAGUCGCUGGUCUUCCAAAACCACAGACCGAAAUGCUGGGCCUGGUAUGUGGAUGACACCUUCGUCGUUAUCGACCGGGAUCAACUGCCGACAUUCAAGGAACAUCUGAAUGCGGUCUUCCCGGACAUACAAUUUACGAUGGACGAAGAAAAUUUCGAUGUGAAAACCGCGUAAGCCUGGAGCUGGCUGAGUCAUAGUUUACUGGUCCUCGGUCCGUCAACAAGUUCAGCGACCUUCCCCUUCCAUACUCGGUGCUGCGACUUCGCCUAGGCGGAGUUGUUGGUCACGUGGGGAGCGCACUGAUGAACCCUGUUCCCAACGCCUGGAUCGGUGGGUCAGAUAGUCGAGUAAUCAGCACACAAACAUCGAGGAGGGCUCCGAAAGGUCAGGCGAAUAGAGCUCUUGUCCCGGCUAUCGUGUCUCCUCCUUCACGACUGCUUCCUGGGACUUGUCUCUUCGCUUCUACUGGCAUUGUUUGUGUGCACUGAUGACCCACCUUUUCUCUUCUCCAGCCCACCGAGAUGCCGAACGGCGGCGGCGGCGGAGCCCGUAGACCUCCAGCGGAAGGCGAUUUCAGUGAGACGCAAGUGAGCAGCACUCCACCUCUCUCCGCGGACGCUGACCAUCCACUGGCCCACGAGAUGACGCCGAUUGCGCAGACCAGUGCGGCUAAUGCCGGUUGGAGCAGGUUGAGAGAGCUGCAGGUACAAAGCUAGCAGACGCCGUGGCUGCAUUUUUGUUCCUCUGUUUGCGCCUGCGCCAGGUUCGUACAUUGCUUUCUGAAAAAAGGUCAAAAGUGAACAUUGAAGGCCGGACAACGAGCCCAUGGCCCAGUGGUUAGCGCGUCGAAUUAUUAACGGGUUCGUAUCUCAGGUGCCUCCAAAUCAGGGACCGGCAAGCUGGCGGCGUCUAAGAAGCCAUAAAUGAUCAUUCCAGUCUCAGUAGAUGUGCUAACUCAUGAAAUGUUAACCGAAGUUCUGAAAUGCGUUUUCGACUCAAAAAGAUUGCCUAAGUAAUUUUGUAGAAUUACUAACCGUGCAGCCUGAUGCCAAGAUAUUUUUCAGUUACUUCGGAAUGCCGGCUUUUGAAUGAACAUCUUUUCGGCCGCCUGCAAAAAACUGAACUCUGGAAAAAAUGACUAUUUCGGCUGUAUGAGUUUUUCUAAUUGAUUUUCGAUCCUUAUAAAUUCAAAUAGAAAGCACACAUAGAAAUAUUCACUCCAUUCCCACUUUCUCAAUUUCCGAAUAAUUUCGAACUCGACCUGCAGUAGUACUUGCGCUCAGGGUUUCCAAACUACAAGCUGUAUAUUUUCCGUGUACAGGAAAUCAUACAUACGCUGUUAAGGGGAGGCCGUAUGGGGUUCAUAAAAUUUAACACUGGAUCUCAGCCAUAUCGUAAACUUCAUAAGCAAUAUUAGUAAAUUCAGAGGCACGAUGUUUAAUGAACGAACAUUUCGCGAUCCUAAAAAUCUCAUAAUUGGAAACUUUCUUAAAACUGAAUUAUACCCUUAUUUCAUGUAUAAAAUCUGAGGAUGACAUAAUUUUCUUCCAAAUGAGUAGAAGAAUGAAUAUUUUUAUGCAUGUUUUCUAUAGAAUAUGAUUGAAUUUAUAAGGGCAUGGAAAAUCAUUUAGAAAAAUUCAAACAGCUUAAGUGUCAGUAGGACGAGAAAGACUGGGAUGGCUAUCUCCCCCUCCUUGCAUAUACUUCUGGUCGUUAUGAGACUGCCUGCGACGGCUCUAUAUGGAGCUCCAAUACACAGCGGGCGACUGGAAUUAUUCGUACCGUUGCGUCUUGGAGCUCAGUGUAUAGUUCUCGCAAUCAGUCGCAUAGUGGCCAGUAAUAUAUACCAAAGGGAUAUCCAGCAAAUACAGUAGGUGUGCUGACUCAUGAAAUUUCAACGGAAAUUCUGAAAUGCGUUCUCAACUCGAAAGGAUUACUUUUUUCCAUGUACGGAGAAUCAUACACUUCUAUACUCUGUUAAGAGGAGACCAUAUAGGGUUCGUAAAAUUUAACAGUGGAUCUGCCCAUAUCGUAAACUUUACAAGCAAUAAUAGUAAAUGCAGCGACACGAGGUUUUGUGAACGGCCAUUUCUCGGUCUUAAAAAAUCUCAUUAUUAAAAAAUUUUUUAAAACCCAAUUAUACCUUUCCCUCAAGGAUGAAAUUUGAGAAAGACGUGAUUUUCUACCAGAUGAGUAAAAGGAUGAUUAUUUUUGUGCAUGUUUUCUAUGAAAUAUAUUUGAAUAUGUAAGCGAAUCGAAAAUGCAUGAGACAAAUUCAUUCUACUUAAAUAGUCAUUUUUGUAGAGUGCAGUUUUCUGCAGGCGGCCGAAAAGACAUUCGUUCAAAACCGGCAUCCCGUAGUAACUGAAUUAUCUUAGGAUUAGGCUGCGCGAUAUUUAGUAUUGCAACCCUACGUAAAAAAUAUUUUCGAGUCGAAAACGCAUUGCAGAAUUUCGGCUAACAUUUCAUGGGUUAGAACACCUACUGUAUGUACAUGAGUACAACUAAACACAGCAUUCGUCCAUAAUCUGCAAGCGGCAUUUCAGGCGUAAACCAGCACGUAAGGUUUUGCCUAGUUGUAAGGUGCAACAAAACAAAUUAGCUAACUCAUAUUACAAGUUAACGAGUGCGCGUUUUGGAAGCGAACAAGACACGAUGUUCAUUCAAUAUCGCGUACUAUUACGGAGGGCAACUGCAGUCUCGUAACCUGUUGUCCCGACCAGUUUGUUCCUUGAUUUGCGCCUGCGCGUAGGCGCGGAGCUACAUUCACGUUAUAACAAUGUACGCUUAAUGAUGCCGAAAAAUCAGCACCGUUGAGCAUGAUUUUAUUUACUUGAGCCUUUAAAUGCACCCUUGGGUCCAUCGUCAAUGUGACUACAGUAAGGCGAACGAAACGAUGAGCAAAAGAGCAUUCACUGACUAAUCACGGAGCUGCCUUUCUCGCGUUUAGUCGCAGUGUCCCAGCCCCAGAGUGACCAAUUCUCAUUGACCAACUGUAAAAAAUCGCCGCCUCGGUGGGAUUCGAACCCACCGAAACAUCUAUGAAUUACGUGAGCCUGGUAGUCAUCUGGUGGAUUCUAGGUGAAUUGUUUAGGAAAUCCGGCUUGCGCAGUCAACUUACUGUAUCAGAUUUGGUGGAUUCCAGACGUUACAGUAGGUUGGGCAGGUAACUUGACCCAAAUGUGAUUAAACUCGCGUCGUCCAGCGGGGCCUCGUAGUUCAGGUGGUUUGAACGUUGGCUGUACAUAAGCCUUCACCGUACUGCCGUGGGUUAGAAUCCCGCCGAGGCGCCGAGUUUUUCACAGUUGGGUCAAUAUGAAUUAUUUAAAAUCUACCAAAAUAUCUAUGAGUGACCAAUCGCAGUAUCCCUUGUUCUCAGAUCUGUUAUCUCACUUUUUGGGCAGAAAACGCUUUCUGUAACCUCAUUGCACAUCGUUAGUCAGAGAAGCAAAAAAAUAGGCAGCUGAAAUACCUAUAGUCUUCCCACAUGGUAACCUUCACGUCCCUGCUUAACCAUUGGUACUACUCGGGGCAUUAGGCAAAUGUUGAAAUGGCCGCUGUCGGGAAGGUGUACUGAAUUUUGCCCCACUUCUUAACGUCUGUUCGGUUUGGAAGCGAACAGGACACGAUGUUCAUUUAACAUUGCGUACUGUUACAGAGGGCGACCGCAGUCUCAUAACCUCCUUUCCUACCCAGCUUGUUCCUUGGUUUGCGCCUGCGCGAAGUUACAUACGUGUUCCCCCAAUUACGCUUAAUGAUACCGAAGAGUCGGUGAUCUCGAGCGUGUCUUUCUUCACUCGAGCCUUUAAAUAAACCCCAUAAUGACCACAGUAAGCCGAACGAAACGAUAAGUAUAAGAGCAUUCACUAACCAAUCAGAGAGCUGCCUUUCUCGCAUUCGGUCGCAGUGUCCCAGCCAACGAGUCACCAAUUACAGUGUCCCUUGUUUCCCUUGCUUCAGAUUACCGAACCUUGCUCAUCCCCCAACGCUAUCUGCCCUUCCGACCUGUCGGUGAUCGGAAGGUCAGGUGGCUAAAGCUCUGUUCCCAGAGCCUGGUUUCUCAUUUUUUGGGCAGAAAACGCCUUCUAUGACAGAACGUCGCACAAUAUUUUCUUGUAUAGUCCCGACCUAUUAUGCAUGCAAAACAGAAGGUUAGUUAGAAAUAGGACGUGCACUGAGUACGAGAGACAGCACAAGUGAGGAGGCUUGUGGAAACGGCCGGGUACAUGGCAGGGAGCAAUGUCAUAGGCUGAUGGGUGGCCAAUUAGCACAAAGAAGGUGUGAACAGGGCUACAUGACCCUGACCGUUCGCUUGGCGCGCGCAUGUGGCAUGAUGCCCCGACAGCCCGGGCAACAUACGCUGCACGACCUGUGUAACCCCAUUGCACAUCUUUAGUCGGCUAGAUCGCAUUUGGUAGCCAGGACCCGUAUUACAGGUGGCGGGGGGUUUGUUUACUGGGGCUGUUUUGUGGGGCCCCAUAAUCACAUCUGACCCAUUUGGCUUCCGUUUUACGCUUGAGGUCAGGAUUAGGGUACCGGUUAAUGGUUUCCCAUUUUCGGGUUAGCGUUAUGCCUUUAGGCUUAGGUUUUCGGGUUACCGUGAGGUUUGAGAGUAAAACUACGUUUCAGUAUUAUGGUUAGGUUUUCAAGUUACGGCUGUGUCUCUCUAUUUUUAACGUCUUUUGCGCACAGGAAGACCUGGUGGCCCGUCAACAGGCGGGUGUGAAACUCGGCCUCGGCGACUUCAUCUUCUACAGCCUCCUCGUCGGCAGGGCCGCCGUCGACGGGGAUGUCCUCACAGUGGUGGCCUGCUAUGUGGCCAUCCUUGUGGGCAUGUGCAUCACCAUUGUGGCUCUCAGUCUGGUGGGGAAGGCCCUGCCCGCACUGCCCGUCUCCAUCGCCUGUGGCAUCCUCUUCUACUUCACCACAGCCCUCGUAAUAUCGCCCUUCAUUAGGGCCACCUCGGAGCACCGGCUGUACUUUUGA